AUGGAUACCUUCUUGAGUAGCCUGCCCCCGCAGGUGGGCGAAGUUCUGAUGGAGAACUUUACCAUCGUCGAGAUCAUCGCUAUGUUCUCCAUUGGCUGCUUCAACGCCGUUGAAGUCGCCCUCUCCACAUUCGAAACCUUCAAGCGGUACCAUGGCCUCUACUUCUGGAGCAUUCAAGUAGCAUCAUGGGGGAUAUUAGUGCAUGCUGUUCCGGCGCAAAUCCGCUACGUCUCGGUGGCUCCAGGAAUGCCUAUGUGUAUCCCCUUCAUUAUCGGCUGGUACGCUAUGGUGACGGGUCAGGCGGUGGUAUUGUAUUCCCGCCUGCAUCUGGUCGUCCAAGACAUCCAUCAUGUGCGUUGGGUACUCGCCAUGAUCAUCACCAACUUCUUCGUCCUCCAUAUUCCCAUGACCGUGAUAUUCUUCGGCUUAAACCUGGGCGACAUGCGCUUUGAGAAGCCCGCCCAGAUCUACGAUCGAAUCCAGUUGACUGGGUUUUGCAUCCAAGACUUUGCCAUUUGUGGUAUCUACAUCCAUGAGGCCCUGCCUGCCCUCAAACCAGUACUAAAGGUCAAGGGCCGUGAGGGUCGCAAGGUCAUCUACCACCUGAUCUGGGUGAACGUCAUCGUCGUCGUCUUGAACAUCACCCUCCUUCUCGCCGAGUACAAAGCCCACUACAUCGAAGUCAGCUUCAGGGCUGUCAUCUACAGUAUCAAGCUCAAACUCGAGUUCUACGUCCUCAACCGCCUGCGUGAGCUCACCCGCAUCAAUCCAUGCAUAUGUCAACACAACCAGGCCCAUCCUCGUCCGUCCAUCGAUAUCAACGUCUUCAAUCUCAUCAGCAUCCAUCAGCCCCCCGUGCCAGAUUUUGAGGCCGCACCAGCACUUGCCGGCGUUGAUUUGAGCUUUCCUCGUCUACGCUCUUCACCAGACAGCCCGGGCGACUUCCACGACGCUCUCCGGGAGGCCGCAUCAUCAAACGAGAUCUCCUUCUCCAAAUCCAGUUCGUGUGUCUAUCCUCCGGCUGCUGUCUCGGCAGAUCGUCUGUCUGGUUAA